CAAUGUUCUGUUAUUACAAAUUGGCUUUAUUGUAUCUGUAAUGGGAUUUCCUUUUUCUUUUAUAUCAUAUUGAAAUUAUUGUGUAUAUGUGCUUAAAUUUUCCCCAUUUUUUCCCCCAUGUGUAAGUAUAUAGGAGCUUUUUCUGGGGGCAUGUCUUUAGCAGAAAUCAUCUAGCCCUAACCAUGAAAAUCCCUGUACACACCUACCAUGCAUUACAAUCAAUUGACAAUUUGGGUAAACUUUUUUGCGCCUCCCAUGCCAAACACAACAUCCUAUAAUUCCUUUUCCUCUUUUGAUGCCACCCAUGUGUACUGUACACCUCUGAUGGGGUCACUCGCUACACCCCAGUGCACCCGCAUAAUACCCCUCCCAAACGGGUACACAAUGGGUGGCCUGAGUAUUAAAAGGGUGUUGUCAUCAUGUACCCCUCCAUGUUGGCUAACCAUUUUUUAGGGUAUACCGCUCCAUUCACAGGUGUACAAGUGUUGUCAAUUAAUAUGAAGCAUAGUGUCUAUAACAUAACUGUUUGUGUUAUGUUCUGUGAAACAUCAGUGUAGAAAAGUUGUCAUCAAAAAUUUGUCAUUGUGAAGAAAUCAAGUUGAUACAAGUUCAACUUUUGAAGUCAACGGAUGAAAUUUACAGUGUGGAGGUUUUACAUGUACAUGUAACUUGUUUGACUACUGAGUACUGGCAGGCUUUUGUGAGUCAUGUUUGGAACGCACCAGUGUGCAUGUUUCCGGUGUUAAAGUAAAAAGUGAAGAAAAAUGUACAACUGUUGAGAUUCUACUGUUAAAGAGGGAUCACGAAGAGGACUUUUCAGCACAGGAGAGGAGUUUAACAGCAAAGGACAUCGAAAGUUCAGCUGAGGAAGAAAGUCUACCCUGGUGUUGCGUCGAGUUUGGAAUUUAGCUUCAUCUUCAAGUCUGAAAACUUUUCAGCACAGGAGAGGAGUUUAAAAGGAAAGGACAUCGAAAGUUCAGCUGAGGAAGAAAGUCUACCCUGGUGUUGUGUCGAGUUUGGAAUUAUAGCUUCGUCUGCAAGUCUGGAAAAGUUCAUUGUGGACAAGUUUUGGCAACAUGUCAAGUCUGUGGAAUAUUGAUUGUGUUCAGUUGGUACAGACAACAGUUAUUGCAUUCUUACUUCUUGCGGUUAGUUCACACGGGCAAAACUCCACGACAUCGGGAAACACAGUCGUCAAGAGUGCAUGUGCCGCCAGCAACGAGCAGUCCACGACAAUCCAAAAGACGGACGUCAAGUACAAGAACAGAUUUCUUCUGACAGCGUCGCUCAGCAACGUCCAGUUUGAUGCAAGACUCGCCGACCCAGACAGUGCAUUGUUCAAGAGCACAGCCUCGGCUUUUGAAACUGAGAUAAAAAGCUUGCUGAGGCCCCUCAUCCAGAACCCCCCACCUUCAACGGUCCCAGUUGCCCUGGACGUUGACGUGAUUCUCUUCCAGGAACGGACCAACGGGCUGACCCUGGAGUGCGUGCUCAGCCUGGACACGGACCAGAAGACUGCCGCGUUCCUCCAAACGCAGCUUCGGACGGUCGCAAGCCGCUCCGUCAACUAUCCCAACUUUGUCUCUAGUGUCUCAGCCUCAGUGACCUACUGUUUGCGACAGGUGAUCCAGACUCAAGAGGGAGCCCUAACGUGGCCCGUCACGCGGGUGGGCCAAGGAACGGGAACUGAGGAAUUAUGCCCCGUCGGCACGAGAUACGUCGGUGAGAGGUCCCUCGGUCACCGGUCAUGCGGCUGGUCCCCUGAAUCAGCCGGCCACGCUACAUGGGAGCCGUACGUCUGCAUCGACUGCGGCCAGAUCAUCAAUGUAGAUGACGCCCUGGAAGCCAUAUAUAACGAGAUCAGACAGAAUAGUUCAGUUGUUAUGGACGGUGUGAGGCGGGCUGCUGCGCUGCUGAACGAGGUGACAGGUAUCACGGAGAUAGGCUUCAACUGGGUGGCAUUGAUCCUGGAGUUUGUGGCCGGUCUGAACCCCAUCAGCACAGAGCUUCUAGAUGCCGUAAUCCAACUACUGAGCAACCUCCUGAGGCAAGACACGCAAACCUUCCUUCUCGCCGAGCAGAAUUCCCGUAGCUCUACUCGCGCGGUCCAAUCACUAGCAACAAUCAUGGAGAUCACGACAAUGCCGAGCUCCGUGUACGAGUACAUAUCCGUGCAUUCCAACGUUGCGGCGGCUCUGCUUGACGUGCCCCAUUCCCGCAUCCAGAACGAAUGGAUAAGUUUCGGCUCGGCCGUCAGUGCGACGUCGGACUCACCGCUGUCCGAGGGCAGUGUUGGGAUAUUUACAGGUCAGACGUUGACCCUGCUGCCUAACACCGAGGCGUACGUGCACGUCAAAGUUGACGGACCGGUGUCUACAGGAACACUGAUGGUCCGGACGAUGUUUGUGGUGUACCACAAUGCAAAGCUCUUCCAGUCUCUCAAUCAGCCAUCAUCGAUGACAUCAUCGAUGACAUCAUCGAUUGCGGGUCGUGUAGUGUCAGCUGACAUCGGAGCCACACAAAACCCAGAGCUGUCAAUCAUUACAAGAUUCAAACCGUUGGAAUCUGGAGUAACCAAUGCCGAGUGCCGUUCCUGGGACCCGAGUCUGAAUAACGGGCACGGUGAUUGGUCCACGCCAGCCUGUACACGGGAUGACGGCACAGAUGACACUAGCGGCAGGGUCAAAUGCCAGUGCGACCAACUGGCUGCAUUCACCAUUUUUGCCAAGCCUAGUGUCGGCAACCCAGAUGACGUUACCGGCGUCAGUGCAUUUGUGCGUGUGGCUGCCGUCCUGUGCAUGCUGUGCCUACUAGCUGCUGUAAUCCUCUACCUUGUUGUCAAGGAGCUUCGUACCCGGCGGGAGUUUCAGAUCCUCUGCUAUUUCUUCUUCACCCUCGCUGCGUUCCAUCUCAUCCUGACUGCUGGCAUCGACCAAUCAGGGCUCGGCUGUAUCGUAGUCGGAGCGCUCCUCCAUUACUGUGUCUUGGCUGCCAUUGGCUGGAUGGGCGUGGCCUGGGUCCACCUGUACGAUCUGUCACGACGGAGACCGUGGUCGGUGACGUGGUUCAUGGUCAAAGUUUCGGGGCCGGUUUGGGGGAUUCCCUUUUUGUUUGUGAUCAUCACUGUCGUCGUGGACCCAAAUCAUUACAUCACACCAACUCAAAGAUGUUUUCUGUCAUCGGAUCCCAUCUACAACAUCAUCGUGGCCCUCAUCCUUCCCACAAUCCUCAUCGUAGUCCUCAUCUUCUUGGCCUUCAGUUUCACCGCCCGCAACGUCAUCCUGGACACUGAGACCAAACUGGAGGAGGACCCAGAGGGUAUCGUCAACCAGGACGACCCCUCUUUAAAAGGCUCCAAAAUCUGGAAGCUUUGGCACAAGUACGUCCUGUACUUAGCCUUGACUGUGCUGAGCAUCCUAAUUUUCGUUUUCGCUGUACUAAUGGCGAACAGCACCCAGGGUGGCGCGCAGUACAUCUUCGGUGUGUUGGCGAUCUUCGAGGGCGUCCUGAUCAUCGCGGCGUUUUGCGUCUACCACCGCGACGUCCGGGAGACCAUGCUGAUCAAGCUCGGUUACGUCAACGGUCCGGAGAGCAAGAAGUUCCAGCCGUACUGGUCCACGUCCAAUUGGCAGAAGAAGAACCAACGCAGCGUGCUGCCGGAGGCGGUGGGGAACGGGGUGGGGAAAGCGGAGGGGGACAAGGGGAAGAAACUGUACCUGGACAACACGCAGGGGUCCGGCGCCCAAACCAACCAGGGGUUUGACCCGACCACCGUGCCGUUGUCGACCAUCGAGAUGCAGAGGAUGGGGCAGAACGGGGUGAACAGUCAUGCCAGCAAUGGAAUCGUCGUGGAAGCGGACUACCACGGGCCACCUGACAUGGCAGAAGAUGAGCUCUAAACGUCUCUGAAGGCCAGACUUCAUUUGGCUGGAGAUUCGUUUCUAGACCGAGAACCAUAAGCCGCUCAGUACACAGAUCAGGUUACUUGGACUUCAUGUGUUUACAGUUUGAUGUCCUGUUGCAAAAUUUCACCUCAUAUGGACUCUCUCUUGAUCCUCUUGAUUGCCUUCAUAUGCAUAAGUACGCCCUCAAGAGUUGGGGGGGGGGAGACAGGAGGAACAUUCAAAUGCAUUGCUCAUCGUGCCUGACUCUCCCAUGAAGAUUCUACGGUUUGUGUACAUUCAGAUUAAAAUUAAUCGUAUGUACUUCGCGCCAUAUGUACACAAAACGUUCGCGCAUGUGAUGUGUC